CAUUUCUGACUCAUAUUUAUUUUUCCGCGUGGUUGAACAUUGCGUUAAAUAUAAUACAGAUUAAGGGCAGUGGUUGCCAGAUAAUUGAUUAAUUGGCUAAUCCGCAGUUAAAUGUCGUCACGUUUGCUCAGGAGGAGACUCUUUGUCAAGCCAGAAACACUGAAAUACACUUUCACGUGCCAGAGAUGAAAGCAAAGUCCAUAAUUUCUGACCUGCACCUGAAGUUUGCAGAGAGGACCUGGAAAGACACUUUUCAGCUUGUCAGGAGAUGCAUGGAGAAAUCCAGAGAUGAAUCCAAACCCUGUGAGCCACUGGUUCGAUCCCUAGAAAGGCUCCAGGAAGAGUUCAAUGUGUCCUCUAUGAAUACCAUGAGGUCUCGUCUGGAAAUGAUUGCCAAACAACAAGGAAUGGGCUUCCACGUCACUGAGGCCACAUGCUACCUCACAGCCGACUUAUUCUACCUGGAGGUGGUGUUGGAGCCGCACGGUGGGGUGGAGGAGGUGAAGGUGGCCCCACAGGGAGGAGCCCCUGUUUCCAGCGAGUCCCUUCUGCAGCUGCUGAGGUUAAAGAAGUUCGCAGACUUCUCCAUGAGCUUGGCGGCCCUCUUCACCCAGUACAACAUGCCUGGAGACAAUGAAAUCAAAUUAAAACUGUUUACAUCUCUACAAUACCUCUGGAAGGAUUUGCAGCAAAUAUCUCAAUUGCCAAGGGCACCAAAGGACGGUGACCCCCAGAUAGACAUGAUUAACAACGGACGUAUCGGAAGCCUAAUAGCCGGAAAAGAAGAUUGCCCCCUGACUAUCCGGUUCUUUAUCGCCCCCACUGAUGUAAAGAAAACAGAGUCACAAACAACAGAUAUGAAGGCAGGUGUCCAGGCAGCCCAGGUGACUGUUGGCGUCAGCGAUGUUCCUCACAAGCUCCAGAUGGCAUCUGUGAUCCCGCAGCCUCAACAGCUGGAUCCCCGGGGUUUUCCUGUGUUCCUGCCGCCCAACGAGGUGCCAAACGAGACGCUGCCCGCCUGCUUUCUCCUCAAACUGCAGCCAGCUGUACCAGUGAUUCUGUCUUUUGUCAACAAGCUGAGCCAAAUUACAGAUGUGACCAUACCAGAUGAUGACCUGCAGUGGGCACCCUUACCCAAGCUUCUGAUGAGAGGUUCACAGAGUGCAAACAGCCAUGGGGAGACAUCAGAUGAACAGGAUACUAUUUUUACAGUGCCUCUUCCUGGUGGCGUGAUGCACAGUUAUAUUCUCCCCGGAGCUGCAUGGCAGGCGCCCGCACAGAGGGGGACUGUGAUGGACAGUGUUCCCUUCACCCGCCCCGCACAUGUCCCGGCUAUACUGGACCUGCUGCGCCAUCAGUGUGUCAUUAACACCCUGCUGAGGAGCUGCGUCUCGUCUCAGUGUGCCGGUCCAGGUUCGGUUUGUGACCUGCACUUCGAAGUCCUCCCGGAGUCGGACACCAGCUUCUCUGUGACCUUCCACCAACCCAACACCGACUCCCUCGCUGUGUUGCUGGUGAACGUAUCGGAUUCUCAUCAGAUUACCUGCAGCUUGUUCGGAGCAGGAGGAUGUGAUCCGUCCAUGGGUGAAUACAUCUCCACUGUAAUGAAGAGGUGCAUGUCCGUUCCUGUGACCCUGAGGACAUUAUACAGUAAGCUCGAGGAAAUCACCUGUGCCCCACUUUCUCCCCCUGCACGCCCGGCCGCCACAGAGGCCGAAAACGAGCGCUCGCCUCCCUCGAGUACCGCGGUGACCGACGCUCGCAGCGCCUCGACCGAGUUGUCCCAGGCGGCAGCCGUGCCAGAGGACGGCUUCGGCGUUUCCGGCUCUGCGUGCUAUGCCAUGUCUGUCGCCGAUUCUGAGCUUCCUCCUGAAAUAAAUACAAGUCCUGCUGUCAACCCUUACCCAUUCACUGCUGUGGGUGUGUUUUCACAUUGAAUGGUCAACUGUCGGAGGUAAUCUAAACCAGAAACUGGUUUUAAAACUUGCGUUUGUUCCUCUUUUCUUCUUCUUUUUUUUAGAAUUGAAUAAAUGUUUUGGUAAAGAAGCUGUUUUUCCUUCACACAUCAAAUCAGGAAACAAGCCUCUAUUUUAUUUUGUUUUAUUCUGAAGAUGCUGUGAUAUCCCUUAUUGUCUGAUCUCCUGCAGAACGUUCAAGUGCUUCUUUACUAUGCAUUCCAGUGUGGCAGAGAUUGCUGGCUGUAAAGGUUUGAGGUUUGGCAUUUGACCUCUCUCCGACAGCCAAGAGCCCAUUUGAUUGGUGCCGUGCGAGCCAAUCAGACAUUGUUAAAGUACACAAUGCAUUCUUGAUAGCUCAUAAUAAUAAUAAUAAUAAUAAAGUAGCCAUCAACGCACUUCAUUUUAGAAAUAAUAAAAAAAGUAGCUCUGCUGGAUGCUUGAACAACAUGAAGGAUGUGGCUCGAUUGUGUCGGCCUGAUCAACAUAAUUAGUCUAGCAGCGUUUAAGCACUCUUAGUCACUUUUUCCUUUUGAGAGAGAAAAUAAAGUUUUGCACAAUGAAUAAAUGACAUUUGGUGUGAAAGUGUGGGAGUCGAAUACCUCUGUGGAAUGGAAAUUCCACGGUAACAAAUCUCCUGAUUACCGCCGAGCACCCUGCGCACACAAUUCUGCUUUUCCUGGGUGCCAGCCAAGACGGGUCUUACCGCUAUAGCACAAAUAUGACUAGUAGUCUGUAUACUAGCAAAUAUUCUGCCCUCUGAGAGGCAAAAAUGUGCCCACGUAAACCUCCGUCAUGCACCUUCAUUAUAGAAUAAACAGCCCUAUUUACCCUCCGUGUUGGGCCGCCUGCAGCUCCAUUGGCUGGGUGCAUUUAGAAAAGAAUUUAACAUGUAUUUGGAAUAUUGAGUCGACUGUCAACAGCUGACAACUGGUUGUGACCGGUGUUUACUUCUUUGGUAUCCAAUGACCUGUAUGACUGUUAAUUAUAGAAACACCCCCAACAUGUGUGGUUGAACCAUUCCCUCCUGUCAACAGGCCUUUAUGCUCAGAAUAUAUGAGAGCUUAUGUGUUCCUCAGUUCUGAUCGGUGGGGAAUGAAUCUGGUCAAAUACACAUGGGAUGACUUCACAUUUAAAAUAUAAUAAAGGGAAAUAACUGAUUGGGAUUAUGACUGCUUCUGACUGCUAUGUACUUUCUAUUUUUUUUUUUAUUUUAAAAAGAGCCAUGUGUCGUCAUGUGUUGUGUUUCCACCACUGUCUCUGAGGCGCAGUCUCGGGCCUUUUCUUUUUUGCCUUAUCUUUUUAUAAAACGUCCACAUCUCCCUCCGUGGUCUGCGGUCUCUUUAAAUCCAGAUCCAGUGGAGGAGAGCUGCGCGUCCUCACAAACUUUGUCUGGCCGCUGUGAUUGCCCGCACUCUGCCUGAUAAACAGCUGC